GUCAACAAAGCAGCUCCUGAAUCAGUGAACGCGCUUCUUGUCCACACUCAGAACCUGAUUCGGCUCCAUGUGGACCUGCAGCGCUCGGUGACGGACCAGCUCAGACCCAGGUUCGGCACCAUGCGGACACGCUGUGACCUGUGACGGGCCGUGGACGAGGAGCCGUUUGUACAGGGUGUCAGAGGAAGUGAUGUCGGAGCAGCAGCAUGACAGUGAGGCGUCAGCGCCUGUGUACGUGUAUGAAUCCAAGGUGCACUGUGCCAACGUGUUGCUUAGCCUGGAGGAGCAGCGUCGGCGGGGUCUCCUCUGUGAUGUCACGGUACUGGUGGAGGGCAGGGAGGUCCGAGCACACCGGGCUGUCCUGGCUGCCAGCAGCAGCUACUUCCUGCAGGUUCUGCUGGGACACAGCGAGUCAACAGGCAGCACAGAACCCAUCAUCAGCCUGCCAGACAAGGUGACAGCCAAAGGUUUUGCUCCGCUGCUUCAGUUCGCCUACACUGCCAAGCUGGUGUUAAGUCGAGAAAACAUCCAUGAGGUCAUUCUUUGCGCUGACCUUCUUGGUGUGCACAACUUGGAGGAUUCCUGCUUCCAGUUUCUUCAGGCUCAGUUAGAGAGUGAUGGACAGCAAUCCAGGAAUUGCAAAGCGGAAUAUGAUGAAGAGGAUACCAUAUUUUCCCAAAACCUUUCCUUUGAUAACUGUUUGGAGACAAAGAAGCAAAGCUAUCAAACAGCUGAUGCUGCUUUACCUCAUGAAGACCUUCCACAAAGUCCUAAAUCCUGGAAGUACCAGCACCAGGUUUGUGACAACAAGCACAAUGGAUUAGGUCAACAGACCAUUCCCACUCUAACCUGUUCAGAGCCAACAGAGUCCAGUGCUGCUCCUCAGACUAUUUUUACCCCCUCCAGGAUUAAAGAGGAAGCCUUUGAGGAGGCAGGACGUGAGAGGAAUGGCUUCAAUGCAGAGUUUGGUACUGAAGAGGUUCUGGAGAUGGAGUUGGAGGUAGAGGGGGUUCCAGUGGUAGAUAAGCCCUCUGCAGAUCAGGAACUAGCCUCAUCCUGCCUGCGUUCCUACCUCCAGCGAGGUGGCUUGGAUCUUGGCACCAUGACGGGCAGCACCAUUCAGCAGCUGCUUUCCAACCAUCUGUCCAUCAGCCACUACAGGGAGCUUCUCAAAGACCGACAGAGGAGUAAGACGGACUCUCUGAGCCAAACUAACCUCAAUGACGUCAAUGACAGGGACAUGCAACAAUUCAAAACUUCUUCCUCUCGGUAUGAAGGAGAGCUCGACAGACGUACUGUCAUUUUCUCCUCUGCAGCCGGUGAGCAUCCUACGUUGUCCCACAGAGAAAAAAACUCCACCAUGGAGCGAGUUGAGACUUCCUCAUCCGAUCUGACAUGCCUCACUAGCUCUCCUGUCUCAGUCAAAACUUUAGCUGCCUCUCCAGUACCAUCUGAACCCCAAACUCAGACUUCCAGCUCCCACUCCUCAUAUCCAGACGAUAUACCCACUGGUAGCUCGCCGAGCCUGGCCUUUGACCUCUCCUCAGUUGGUUCAGUCUCGGCUCUUCCUCAUUGUCUGGUUGGGGUGGUGGAGGCCCGGACGCCUCUCAGGAGUGAGGUAGUCUUCAGCCAGGGCCACAUCAAGAUCAAAAGUGAGCAGGGGUUUGGUACCAGUGGAGGAAACUCCAGCGAUGAGUCUGAAUCAUUCUCAGAAGACGACAGUGAAGGUGGUUCUAGAGUCUCUGGCCCUGAGGUGAAGCUGCCAUUCCCUGUGGAUCAGAUCUCCAACCUCCCUCGCAACGACUUUCAGGUCCUCAUCAAGAUGCACAAACUCACCUCAGAACAAUUGGAGUUCAUCCACGACAUCCGUAGGCGCAGCAAAAACCGCAUCGCUGCUCAGCGCUGCCGCAAGAGGAAGCUGGACUGCAUUCAGAAUCUUGAGAUAGAGAUCCGAAAACUGGUGUCUGAGAAGGAGAAGCUGCUGAGCGAGAGGAACCAGCUUCAGGUCUGCAUGUCAGAGCUCUGGCAGAACCUCUCCUUCCUCUCGCAGCAGGUGUGCAGGGAGGUCCAAAGUAGCCAGACUCCGCCGGCCUCCGCCACCAUCGACCUCACAUCAGAUUCUCCUUUAUCCUGUCUUGACCAGGACUCUGUGAAGGCCAGAUGCGCUGUGUCGUGGCAAGGUGAGGUCGGAGAGAACUCUAAGCAACUGGAGAGUGGACAGCCAGUCCAGGAAGACGGUCCACUAAUUCUGGUAUCCAAUGAGGAAGUGUGUAGCCCCACAGUGACAGUGGAUUUCUGUCAGGAGAUGACUGUGAAGUGCACAACGGAAGAGCCGGACACGCAGGACUCAUCUUGAGCAGAACCUGUUUGUUUUCCUGAGUGAGACACCUGUGAUCUCAUCAGUACUAAUGGAGAGGUGAGAUCUGGACGGGGCAUUAUGUGUUUAGCAGAUGUGUUUUUUAUUUGGACCGGUGUGAGUGAAGAUGUCGGCAGCUUCAUUUCCUAUGUUUAAGAGUUACAUUCUCCGGUUAUCUCGGUGUUUCUCAGGAAGUGUACAAAUUGCUCAGUUUUCUCCUCCUUAAUGCCUCAUUAACUCUUCCUUAACUCUUACUUACUUACAAGUCCAUAAUAAGUGUAACAGGUUUAACAUGAGCACCAAACCAGAUUCCCUAAAGCUGAGGAAGACUCAGCGCUCCAUGUAGGUCUACAAAAGAAGCCCAUGAAGGAACAGUUUUUAAAGAGGGAGAGUUGUUGUUUACCAAAUGAUUUCUCUUUGGCCUGCUGACGUCCAUCAAAGGGUUCCGGAUGUCUGUGGAGCUGUUUUCUUGGGAAAACAUGGAAAUAUCUCCAUGUAUGAGCACAGUGUCACUCGGUGGCCUUAUCUGCUCCCACGGAGGAAAACAUUCACAUCAUCACAUAAUAAACAGCGGAUUAGAACAACUCCAGGUCAGUUUGUUUCUUGCCUGUUCUUACCCUCAAUUUAAAUCCAUACGUUAUCAUGCUGCCUCCAUAUUGAAUUUGUAAAAAACUAUUUCAGGCCCAUCUAUUUAAACCACUGGUGUAAGUAUUCUCAUGAAUUAUAGAAUUUAAAAAUGCCAAAUUUGGUCUGUGACCUUAUUUAGUUGUUUAUUGUUAUCUAAAAUCUUUGUAUUUUACUUUGUUUCCUUUUAGUUUAGUUUUAAUCCCCAUUUGGGCCAAUUGGCAAUUUAAAAUCGGAAUAACUCUUAAGUGAUCUCCUGUUGGUAGAUAUUAUUUAUUGAAAUUAUAAUAAAAAGAUUUCCUUAUAGCAGACUAUAAGUAGAGUAUAUAAAGGUGGGUAUGAACUGAGGCAUGGUCAGUAGGAUAUAUUCUUUGAUAAACGGCACAAAAACUACUAAAACUGCAAAGGUACAGGUAUGAAGUGACCUGCAGCUGUGAAAACUGAAGCAAGCAACAGAAAUCACCUCAUCAAACUUAAGUAUAAAUUCACAUCUCCUAAUAUGGAGCUAAUGCAACACAACCACAAAGAAUAAAUCUGUCACACCAGAGGAUUAUGAUUUAUGAAGCAAAAGCGCAAAUUAAAAGAAAGACUUCCUCAGGACUUACAAGAUGCAAUGUCUAAAAAGAUGUAAUGGAGAACAAAUUGGGUUUACAAAGCUGCAUCUGAACAAACCACAUAACUUCUUGAACAUUGUUUUAUGAACAGAUGAGAACAAAGUAGAGAUGUUUGGCCUUAAUGCAUGGAACCAUGUACGAAGGUAACAAAACAUCAGCAGCUCAUCACAAUGCUUCACACCAACUGUCAAGCAUGGUGGUGGAGGGCUGAUGAUUUGGGCUUGUUCUGCAGGCUCAGUACCCGGGCACCUUGCUUUCAUUGAGUUGACCUUGAGCUUCUUUGUAUUCUAGAGUCAAAUGUAAGGUUAAAGCUUGGUUCAAACUGGGUCUUCAGCAAUAAUCUGAAACACAGCACCUAAUCUACAACAGAACUGCUGAAAAGGAGAAGAAUUGUUGGAGUGGCCUAGUCAAAGGCCAGACCUCAGCCAUAUUGAAUUGCUGUGAUGGGACCUUAGUAGAGCCAUGCAGAAACACAUUUCUGCAAACCUCCACAGUGAUGUGAGAAGCCUGAGAAAGUCAGACAGAUAGUGACUACCUAAAGUUACAUCUGCUAAAGCUGCUAAUGUUUGUUUAUCCAUUGAUUCUUUAAUUUAUUCCUCCACAGUUUGAAGGAUUUAUUCUUUGUUGGGUUGCUCCCUUUGUCCAAUAACUGAUGGUGCAUAAUAUUAGACAUCCAAUUAAACUCUGUUUUCCCUCGACUUUCAGUUUCUUCUUCCUGUUGUCAUAGAGCCACACCUGUGGGUCGGUCCGAGUUGCUGACCACUCCCCAGUCGGUUCACAUUCCAGCUCAGCGUUUUCAGUAUUUAUCGCUUCAUUUCACUCUCGUCUUUUCUGUAUGAAAAUCAAUUUGUGCAAUAGGCAAAGUACAGCGGUUAAAUUGAACUGCAAACUGCCACAGUUCACCGGGAUUUCCUGGAAAAUGGAGAAUACCUCGAAACGACCGGAGUGGCGUUUUAUAAACAGAAUGACAAGCUUUUUAUUUAAUGAAGCAAUCGGUUUCCUAAACUGACUGGAAACAAUAAAAAUCAAUCCUGCACAUGAAUUCAUGUGAUUCCUGAUCACUCUGAUCAUCAAACACACCCUGUGUUUUAUAGACUAUCACUGCUGCCCACUGUUAAAAUAACUUCACACACAUUUUAAUCUUUACUCCAGUUUAUAUGUAAAAGUCAAUGCAGAAUGACAUUCAACCAGACCCAAAAUGCAUUGAUGGAUUUUUUUAUGGAGCUAAAAUGAUUUAAUAACUAGGCUGUAGCAGAAAACUCUCAUUAUUCUGCAUCUGCAGCUCUUAUCCACGGUAACAAAGGCCCCUUGGUGAUCAGACUGUUUGCUGACUGCAUAUGAACAGUUUUCUCUGAACACUCAGAGUUAAUCAGAUGGGAGGUGGACCUCCUGUGGUUCAGAGGAGGAAACAUCAGGCAUAUAAACCAAAACUUUUAUGAUGAGCUCAGAUAUUUCAGUUCUGCAGGAAUUUCCUUUAUUUUCACACUCAGAAUGUAUUUAAAUAUCUGUAGAUGUGUAAUUGGUGCAGGUUGGAAUUGUUAAAAAUCAUUCAAAAAUAACUUGCUGUGUUUAGAUUUAUUUCAUUCUGCCUUUCAUCUUAAACUGAUUCAGACUAAACAGAGUUUAUCAUUUCUGCUCCCAGAUUCUGCAGCAGCUGCGAAAUAAAACUCAAACGCUGCUCUGUGUCCAUGCAACUUUAAAAUUCACAUAUCAUGUAAAUUUGUUGAGCCACUAAUCAAUUUGUUCUGACACACCAGUUUGUCUAAUGGUGGAUGGUUUGAAGCCAGAGCUCUAAAUAAACACUGUGGCACAGUAUUGAUUGGUGGGAUGCCAAAUUCAUGUGUUGAAAAGUCGAUGCAGGAGCACGUGGCUGCGCAGAGUGCUGCUGCUGUUUGUUUCAGGCUCCAACAUGUUCCGGUGCCUCCUGGAGUCCACGGUAGGGUCACAGGGUCACUGCGGACACACACGGCAGGAGAUAUUUACCACAGUAGGAGAUGUAAUAAAUCCAUCUGAAGCAGCUAUAUUGAUUUUGUUUUAUUUCUUUAUUUGGAAUCUUUGACAAAAAAAAAUGCAUGUGAAUCUGAAUUUGUUUGUUCCCCUUGUUUUUUUUAUCUGUUGAGAAAUAACCUUUUAUUGACUGUAAUAUUUGACCUCCAGCUCUGACUGUUGUAAUCUUUCUGUAACAUAGAAUGAAGACUGAAUAAUUCAGUCUGUACGCUGUUUAUUUAGUCCAAAAUGUACACUGUUUUCAUGACUUUUUGAGAAAAAAGAUUAAAUCUUUCUGGUGCGGCUCUAA